GUCGGACAAAGGCUGUAUUGAAGCCCAUGAGGAUUGAAAGACGACAAUGGAUAAACAGUCAGGAUUUCUGUAAGUUGACGGGACGAGCACACGUCCAAAAUAGCCAGUCAAGCUGGGCAUAAUGGCCACUCAACAACAUACGACUGGCCCGGACGCUGACGUGAGGGACAACGUAAACACAACCGGACAUGACGUCAUGAACAUCUCUGACGUCAUAUACACUCCGGAGUACAUACUUUUCUUCAUCGCAAUCGGCGUGCUGUCUGUGGUUGGAAUAGCCGGAAAUAUUCCCGUGCUCAUUGUGUAUUUCCGCCGGAAAGAUAAAAAAACCUCAAAUACUUUCAUAAAAAUUCUGUCGGUGAUAGACUUAUUAGUGUGUGUCUUCAUAAUGCCAUAUACUCUGGUUUAUGAACUUCAUGUGGUCUAUUCAGAUGUUUUCUGCAGAUUAUUCGAAUUUAUGAGACACUUUGCCAUCAUAUCAUCGAAUGUAACAUUGGUUGCCAUAGCAGCGGAAAGAUAUUUUGCAGUUUGUCAUUUCGCAAAACGGUUCACUGUUAAGCAAGUGAAUUGUGGAAUGGUAGUUGUCGUGACAAUAAGUGGUAUCCUAGCAACACCUGCAGUCCUGAUCUUUACCCUUGUAACAGUCGAUGACAUCAGAGAUAUUGAGUGCCAAUUUCCACAUCCCGGAAAUGCGACCCACUUCUGCCACUUUACGACAACAGUUACCGGCCCCCUCGUUGCGUAUCUUUACCAGGGCCUCCUUAUGCUGUCAUUCUGCAUCUCUCUCAUACUCAUUGUCAUUUUCUACGCCUUAAUUUAUUCCAGGCUGUGGAACAGAACAAAGUUGAGAACAGAACAGAAUCCCCAAAUUGCGACAAUCGAAAAUGAGAACAAAAGUGACACUUCCGGGCCCAAAAUCACAUUAAGUUCACGCCUUGCUGACAAUGGUUCGAACGUUGUUAAAGGAGAACGUUCGGAAGUUUCAAAACAACAAGAGACGCAGCUUGACAAAAAUUGCAAAUCUGCCAACGGAAGUACCUUUGGGACUACAGUGAGACAUAAAAGGAUUUGGCUUCAUUAUCGAACCGCGAAAAUGUUGUUUUUGUGUACUGUGAUAUACCUGGUUACCUGGAUGCCAUUUUGGUUUGACAUAUUUGGCGUCACGCAGUUUCUUCUUCUAAGAUAUAUGUUUUUCCUCGGCAACGCCACAAACCCCCUCGUUUACGGCAUCGUUAAUUCGCACGUGAGGCAUUCAUUCCUGAGACUCCUUCACGAGUGUAAACCAAGUGUUAGUUUUGUGUUUAAGGUAGACCUGCAGAAACCAUCUGUUUCCACAAACAAUGAACGCUCAAUCGAUUAAAAGCACUUUACGUGUUU